UUUCUGUUAUUACAACACGGGACACAGCACAGUACCAUUAUACUGCUAUUUUUUUUGGACACGGAAGUGACGUUUUUGGUUUCGAUGACGUGGACACUAGUCGUCCCCAUGUUGUGUCGUUAUCAGUCCGCGCCGGAAAACUUGCAUCGUGUUUUUGUUGAAGGGUUGGAGGCUGACCGCGAGUAACAUAUUUUAGAACAAAUCGAAUUUCAAAACUAAUUCUGAGCAAAUAUAACUUGAAACGUUAUGGAUGACGAAGAAGAAACAUACAGGCUGUGGAAAAUCCGUAAAACGAUCAUGCAGCUCUGCCAUGACAGAGGCUAUCUGGUGACACAGGAUGAGUUGGACCAGACUCUGGAGGAGUUUAAGAAUCAGUUUGGAGACAAACCCAGUGAGGGACGUCCCAGACGUACAGACCUCACAGUUCUAGUGGCACACAAUGAUGACCCCACUGACCAGAUGUUUGUUUUCUUUCCUGAGGAGCCCAAGGUGGGGAUCAAGACAAUUAAGAUGUACUGUCAGAGGAUGCAGGAGGAAAACAUCACACGAGCUAUCAUUGUCGUUCAGAUGGGCAUGACACCAUCAGCAAAGCAGUCUCUAGUGGACAUGGCACCCAAAUACAUAUUGGAGCAGUUUCUACAACAGGAAUUGCUUAUUAACAUCACUGAACAUGAGCUUGUUCCAGAACACAUUGUCAUGACCAAAGAGGAAGUGACCGAACUUCUCGCAAGAUAUAAAUUAAAGGAAAGUCAGUUGCCAAGGAUCCAGGCGGGGGACCCUGUGGCUCGCUACUUUGGCUUGAAAAGAGGACAGGUGGUGAAAAUCAUCCGACCCAGUGAAACAGCUGGAAGGUACAUCACAUACAGACUGGUCCAGUGACAUUCAGAUCUUCGGGAUCAACUUUUAGGACCAGUGAAGGAAAUAUUUCAGUGUUCAUUAUCGCUGAAUCAUCCCUCUGCUUUUGAUUUGUUGAGAUUUGUUAUUACUGGUUUUGUAAAAUAAAGUUAAAAAAAAAUUCUCAA